GUUCGCACUUCUCUUGAAUUAGCAUUUUUCGAAGUUCUCUAUCCAGCUGCCUCCCGAGCAAUUCCUUUCUGCCACGGUGUUGGUCACGGAGACGCUAACGCUCUUCGUUGGCGUCGUCUUCCAAUUCCCUGCAUCCUCGCUGGGCCGCGUUGGUUACAACAUGAUCCCAAAAUCUGUGAUGAAAAUGUGAAUAUUUCAUAA